AUGUCCUCUGGUGACAAAGCAGUCUUGGGAAAAGUGUACCAAAUUAGACACAAUAUUUUACUGUACUGGGCACCUGCGGAUCGUGAAGCCAGUUUAGUGGGCUUACUCGCUUCGAAGGCGCAAAUGGAAUCCCGGUUUUGUGAAGGGAAGAAAUCACAAGCUAACCUUGCAGAAUGCGUAGACCUCGACUGCACAGUUGUGUUGCCGAGAGGAGCCCCGAAGGUAAAAUGCGACGCCAUUCGGGGAUAUGGAGCAGAGCUGGUCUUUUGCGACCCGACUCCCACGGCCAGGAAGAAAAUGUCUGCAAAAAUAUCGAACGAGACCGGCAAGACAAUCAUCAGCUCUUCAGAUAAUUAUGACGUGAUGGCAGGCCAGGGAACAAUAGCCCUCGAGCUAUUGGAAGAGGUACCUGAUCUAGAUGCAGUAUUAGUGUCCACCAGCGCCGGGGGUAUGUUAGCAGGGAUAGCUGUUGCUGUGCGAGCACUGCGACCCCAGUGUAGAGUGUAUGCAGUGGAGCCAGUGGGCAAGGGAUUGCAGAAGUGCCUGGAGGCCAAGGAGAGAUUGUGGCCAAACCCGUCCAGGUUCCUCAACACUAUUGCCGACUCCAUAAGGCUGCAGGCGAUUGGGGAGCUGACCUUUCCAAUCAUCUGUGACUGCGCAGAUUCAAAAGUAUUCACCGUCACAGAUGAGCAGAUGGUGGAAGGCAUGAAGCUCACAUUUGAGAGGAUGAAGUUGGUGGUUGAAGCUGCCUCGGGGGCGGCCGUUUAUGCUGCCGUUCACAUGAUGGAUGAGGUCCAGCCCCCCCCUCGCAAGGUGGGGGUCAUUCUCUGUGGCGGCAACACCGAUCUCGACAACCUGCCCUGGCUCACACGCUCCACCACUUACAACUGAGGGAGACUCUUUCACCCUCCGCCAGUGGCAAUAUGGUCCCCACUUUGGAUCUUUGGGCAUUUCACUAUUCUGGAAUUUUGUUUGUUGAUCAUAAUGUAAUUGAAGUUUGUUGUGGAUUUCUUUUGAAAUAGGUUCAUUGUCUUGAAGAUGUAUAGAUGUAUAAGAAAAGAUAAAGCACUUAUGUGAUAUCAGGUGGUCCUGAAUUUUAAUGCAAUUUUAAGUAAAGUUGCACCUAGAAAAGUAGUUACUCAUAUUUGAUAGUAAUGAAGACAGCCAUGAUAUUAGGGCAUUUACCAUGUAGCUACUGAACUUGUAAAACUAAAAGACGGGGAAUCUCAUACUACACUUCAUCUUCUGUGAUCACGAUGUGUUCUGUGAUUUAUAACUUAAGAUUAUUUGCACAUGUGAUAUAGGUUUUAGGUGGAAAUAUGUGAAAGCUUGUCUCAGUAGGUUCGGCAUAGACUGGGUAAUGAUGUGUAAUUUCAUUAUUGAGUAACUCAACAGGCAUCAUGUGAAGAGCAAUGUGCGGAUUCAAAUAACGCAAAUUAUUUCUUAUCCUUUUGAAAUUCUGCUCAGAUUCUCUUUUAAGUGGAUUCCACCCCUUGAUUUCUUGAAGCAAGAGCAAUUUGAUAUCAAGUUAAUGAAAUUACUUAUGUUAUCAAUGUGUUUGUAUUUUGGAUUUAUGGAAAUUGUGAUGACUAUACAGACUGAAAGAUUUUUUUUUUUUUAUAGGAGUAUGAAUGUUAUCCUGAAUCAAUAUGAAAAAUGCAAAAAACAGUUGUAUGGGCCUGAGAUAUAGUUGUUAUGAAAGUUAUUAUUAUUUUCAUUAUUAUUGUCAUUAUUAAUAUUAUCAUCAUCAUGACUAUUAUUAAUACCAUUAUUAUGAUUGAUUUAACUAUUAUCAUUAUGAUUGUUAUUUUUAGCAUUUGUUUAUUAUUAUAGUAGUUAUUAUUACUACUAUUUAUUAUCAUUGAUUUCAUGUAUGAAUGUAAUGCAAAAGAAAAACAAAAAACAAAAACAAAAAACUAAAACACACAAGGAGAGCAUUACAAUAUUUGCACAUCAAGUACCCAUGAUAUGCCAUUAUAAUGUAGUUUAUAAACAGAAUUAUUUGAGUUUUAAUUUUAUUUUGGCUCUGAAUGAAUUAACUUAAAACGACCAACCUUUACCUCGGCAUAGAUUUUCCUGUGUUCAUUUAUUUCAGGAUAUAUCUGGAUAUGUGUUAAAUUAUCAUAGAUCUCCCUCCAAGUCAGUGCAUCGUGUCAUCUUGCCUUUGGAAGAGAAAGGCAUGCUCUAAAAUGCGCUUCGGAAACCCCAAAGUCCAUGAUGUGAAUGGUAACAAUCAAGCAAACGAAUGCGUAGACAGCAUAUUUUCAUAAAAGUCUCGUUUUGAACUUAGAAUAUUAAGAUAUGCAAUUUUCUUCCAGUUUUUCCUCUUCCAUUUAAACGAAAUGAACAAUCUAUUUGAUAACUUCUUUUGCAAGAUAUUAGAUUCUCAUAUAUAAAUUAGGCUUAAGAUAAUAAAUCCUCAGUUACAUUUUUCCAUGAUAAUGUAUUUUUUCUUUUAAAAAACACAUUAGGCUAGAAGUAAAUUUAGAGUUUCAGCCUGUUUGAUAGAAUUAUCUUUGUAUUGGAGUGGCAUUUAACUCAGAAAGAGGCAAAAAAAAAAAAAAAAAAAAAAAAAAAAAAUAUAAAUAUAUAUA